AUGAAGCCAUCCACCUUCCUCCUUGCCAGUCUCCUCGCGAGAGCGGGAGCAUCAAGCAGCCUCCGAAAAAAGUGGCUGAACGGGGAUUCCGCCACCGGGACGACUGAUCCUGACGUGACCAGUGAUUGUGAAUACUGGGCGAACGACAUAUCCUCUUCCGACACUUGUGCGGGCCUUGAGGCCUACUUUGAUGUGACAUUCGCAGAGUUAAAAGCAUGGAACCCUUCGCUUCUUGAGAGUUACUGCGUGUUGAUUGAAGGUUGGAGUUACUGUGUUGCGGGCCCCGCGGUGACAACCACCGCUGCCGCGACUGGAUCUACUGCCACCGACACAAGCAUACAAAAGAUAACUUUCACUGAAGUGGGUGAUUUAACAAAUAGCACGACGGCUGUUGCGACAAUCACGGCCACGGCUACGACCACAGUCGCGAGUGCAUCACCGACUACUCCCACCUACUCGGGAGGCAUACCUUCACCGACUCAAAGCGGAUUGAUCCCAACCUGUGAUGUGUACUACUAUGUCCAGAGUGGGAACACUUGCUACAGCAUCCAGGAUAUUUAUGGGAACUUCACCCUGACUGAAUUCUACACUUGGAACCCUUCGAUCACCACCGGCUGCUCAGGGCUCCAGCCAGGCUACUAUGUCUGUAUUGGCGUGGCUGGAGCUUCCGCUUCUACAACUACCUCUUCUUCGCCCUACGAGCCCCAGCAGACCGGCAUCACAGCAAACUGUGAUGCAUACUAUCUCGUGGCCGCGGGCGAUGAUUGCUCCGCCAUCCUCUCUGAAUAUGAUAUUACUAUGGCUGAGUUUUAUGCUUGGAAUCCCGCUGUAGGAUCCAACUGCAAUACCAUGCAGGCUGGUUACUAUGUCUGUGUUGGUGUUUCAGCUACAGGUCCCUCGCCGACACAAUCAGGGAUCACCGCCGACUGCGUAACAUACUACCAAGCAGUAUCAGGCGACAGCUGCUGGUCCAUUGUGACACAGAAAUAUCCCUAUCUGAACGAGACUGAGUUCAUAGACUGGAAUCCGGCCGUUGGAUCGGACUGCUCUGGCCUCUGGGUUGGUUAUUACUACUGUGUGGCCACUACAACCGCCCGGCCCAUGCCAGGCAUCAUUAGCACCUGCACUUCGUACUAUCUUGUCCAGAGUGGGGACAGUUGCUGGUCUAUUGAGCAGGCAUAUUCCAUUUCGGCGGCUAACUUUAGCACCUGGAAUCCGGACGUAGGGACCAGUUGUGCAUCGCUGUGGGAGGGCUAUUAUGUUUGUGUGGGUGUUUGA